AUGACACAGGAGCAGUACAUUUUGGCUGCACAACCUAACAACCUUCAGAGGCCUGGAUGUGCUCCUGUUUACCCUGUGGGAAUAUAUGGCUGGAGGAAAAGAUGUUUGUACUUCUUUGUCCUGCUGCUGUUAGUCAUAAUGAUUGUAAAUCUGGCAUUAACCAUAUGGAUCUUAAAGGUCAUGAAUUUCACUGUGGAUGGAAUGGGUAAUCUCCGAGUAAACAAACAGGGGAUAAGACUGGAGGGCAUAUCAGAAUUUCUUCUUCCCCUGUAUGUUAAAGAGAUACAGUCAAGAAGGGACAGUCCACUAAUCUUACAGUCUGAUAGGAAUGUGACUGUGAAUGCAAGAAAUGACCUUGGGCAGUUAACAGGACAGCUUACCGUUGGCUCUGAGAUGGUGGAAGCACAAUGCCAGCGGUUUGAAGUGCGGAGCAGUGAUGGUGAAAGGAUGCUGUUUUCUGCAGAUGAAGAGGAGAUCAGCAUCGGCACAGAGAAACUGAGGGUGACAGGAACUGAAGGAGCGGUCUUUGAGCACUCCGUUGAAACACCUCAUAUUCGAGCGGAACCUUUUCAGGAUCUGAGGCUUGAAUCCCCGACAAGGACCCUCACUAUGGAGGCCCCUCGUGGUGUGGAAAUUAACGCAGAUGCUGGGGAGCUCAAAGCUACCUGUCGAAAAGACCUACAGCUUCAAUCCACAGAAGGAGAGAUAUUUUUAAAUGCAAACACAAUCCGACUGGGGAAGCUUCCACUUGGCACUGCUGCACCUUCCCUUGGAUUGCCAGUCCCAAAACAGACUGUCUAUGAGCUGUGUGUCUGCCCGAAUGGAAAACUGUACAUUUCCCCAGCAGGAGUGGGGUCCACAUGUCAUUCCACAAGCAACGUCUGUCUCUGGAGCUGAAAGUGGGCCAGACUUUUACACCAGAAAAGCCUUUGGUACGGUACUGUCCAGUUUGCUCAGCUUUUUUCUUUCUUCCUAAAUGAACAUCAGGAAUUGCAAGAAGGCUUCCAGGGCCACUUCUUCCAGUGCAGGAGCAUAAAUGAUGCCUUUUCAUUUUUUGUAGACUCAAAGACAAGGCAUAUAAGCAAGAUGAAUCAUGGGAAGUGCACGCGACAAGUCUGGGAUCAAAUAUAUUUUCUAAGACAUUGAAACCAAUACACAGGUGCCUUUGCUACUGUCAGUAAAGCACAUAAUUUAAAACCUUCUUGAGAUUGUUGGGACUCCAUUCACAACUCACAGAAUCUGUUUCCCCUGAAUAAAAUCAAAAGACUUCUAAUACAGUAUGCAUUUCUCUACUGUUUUACU